AUGAUGUAUGGGGCGCCAGUUGAUUUAUCUUUUAAAGACAUCAGCAACUUGGCAGAUGCACUGUCAGAGGAACCUAGCAGUGGUCUGCGGCCUAUGAGGAGAAAUUCACUAGGAAAGUUCCAAAGUGGUUCUUUACGUCUCAAUAACAACCAUAUCACAAACCUAUAUGACCUUCACAAGACGAUCAGCCACUUCCUGGCUAAACCGUCCCUGCUCGCCUGGUUGGACCUUUCUUUUAACCGUAUCACAAACAUCGACAAAGUUUUGUGUGAGCUGCCCCAACUACGGGUGUUGUAUCUUCAUGGUAACCGUAUUUUUACACUGUCAGAGGUAGACAAGCUGCAAAGUCUCUCACAUCUGCACACCAUCACCCUACAUGGAAAUAUGAUUGAAACAAACAAGGCCUACAGAAAUCAUGUGAUAUCAGCUCUCCCCCGAAUAAAGACAAUGGACUUCAGUGUUGUGACCCCUCAGGAGCGGGACUUGGCACAAAUCUGGCACAAAAGCAGCCCAGGCAAAAGAAUUAAAGAAACACUGAAGUGA